AUCCGGAGAGGAGAGGAGAGAAGUGAGAACUCAGAAGUGAAGAGGGCAGGGAAAGCGAACCGGUGCGAAGUGAAACGAACAGUACAAGUACAUGGAGGGACAAGAUGAAGCCCAAAGCAGGAACAUGGGACACGUCAGCAGCUAGAGAAGACCAGUCGAUAGUAUGAGAGCGUGUGUUGUACUUCCUCUCUCUCUUCUCCCUCUCCUAGGCCGGCACACCACCAGACACACCCUCUCUCCUCUCCCUCUCUCUCCCACACAGCUCCCUAAAUCGCAGGAACAAGCACCAACCCAUUCUUGCAACAAAGAAUCAUAUCAAACUCCCAAACACACCACAAAAGUCAAUUCUCUUUCUUCCGAGUUCCAAUAAUCUUCAUCGAGAUGCAGGUCAACACUGCUCAACCCACAGUCUGACCAACCUAAGCAGAUCCCCUCUCUUCCUCUCUAAUUUCAUUCAUCCAUCCAUCACCAACAAUAACAAAACGAACAUGACCUCUUCUUCUUCCUAUUAUUCUAGAAGCUUCUCGGCGAACCCGCGGGACUACAAGCUUCUGGAAGAAGUCGGAUUCGGCGCCAGCGCAACCGUCUACCACGCCGUUCACAUCCCCUCGAACGAGCAAGUCGCCGUGAAGGUCCUGGAUCUGGACCGAUGCAACAGCAACUUCGACGACAUACGGCGAGAGGCUCAGACCAUGAGCCUCAUCGAUCACCCCAACGUCGUCCGCGCCUUCUGCUCCUUCGUCGUCGACCGGAGUCUCUGGGUGGUUAUGCCGUUUAUGGACCAAGGCUCCUGCCUACACCUCAUGAAGGUCGCAUACCCCGACGGCUUCGAAGAAGAUGCCAUUGGAUCCGUACUCAAGGAGACACUCAAGGCUCUUGACUACCUCCACCGCCAUGGCCACAUCCACCGCGAUGUUAAGGCUGGGAAUAUACUUUUGGAUUCCAAUGGCGAUAUCAAACUUGCUGAUUUCGGUGUUUCUGCUUGCAUGUUUGAUGCCGGCGAUAGGCAGCGGUCCAGGAACACUUUUGUUGGAACUCCUUGCUGGAUGGCACCGGAGGUGCUGCAGCCUGGAACUGGUUAUAAUUUCAAGGCUGAUAUUUGGUCUUUUGGGAUUACGGCGCUUGAGCUGGCUCAUGGUCAUGCACCUUUCUCGAAAUAUCCUCCCAUGAAGGUGCUUCUAAUGACCAUACAGAAUGCCCCUCCGGGCCUUGAUUAUGAUCGGGAUAGGAAGUUCUCUAAGUCUUUUAAGGAAAUGGUUGCUAUGUGCUUGGUAAAAGAUCCGACAAAGAGACCGACGGUGGAGAAGUUACUGAAACAUUCUUUCUUCAAGCAAGCCAAGCCUCCUGAGCUUUCUGUAAAGAAAUUGUUUGCCGACUUACCUCCACUUUGGAAUCGCGUAAAAGCUCUGCAGCUUAAAGAUGCUGCUCAACUAGCACUAAAGAGAAUGCCUUCUGCAGAGCAAGAAGCAAUAUCUCAGAGUGAAUAUAAGCGAGGAGUUAGUGCAUGGAACUUUGAUCUUGAUGAUUUGAAAGCUCAGGCUUCAUCGGUAGAGAACAAUGAUGGUUUUGCCGAGAUGAGGGAAGAAGAUGAACCCAAAAGUGUUAGCGAGUACAAGGAUACAACUGAUUUUCAGCUUAAUGUGGACAAGAAUUCAGAAAACUCACAAGAAGAUGAGUUUGGACUAGAAGUAGGUGUUUAUCAUCACACACCACAAAGUGAGAAGAGAAAUGGAUUGGUUGCCGAGGCAUCACCUUCUACCCUAGAUAAGGAUACAGGAUUGAGCAAGACCAAAAUUCAAUCAACGAGGAUUCGUAAAACCCAGAGUGGGCCACUGGUGCCAGGCACAGUUCUUGGUCAUUCUUUACCUGAUAGAGGGUCUACAUUUGAAAGGUUAGAGAGUGAAAAUCAGUCAUCAGGUGACAAAAGUAGUCGUGAUUCCCGACGAGCUCCCAACUUUAGUGGUCCAUUGAUGCUUCCAAACAGAGCUUCAGCAAAUAGUUUAUCAGCUCCAAUAAAAUCUUCUGGAGGAUACAGAGAUACUUUGGAUGAUAAAUCUAAGACUAAUCUAGUGCAAAUCAAAGGACGAUUCUCAGUGACUAGAGAGAAUUUAGAUCUGGUGAAGGAUAUCCCCGUAAGUUCAGUUUCACGCAGAUCUUCACAGGGAUCACCGCUGAGGAAAUCUGCCAGUGUUGGUGAUUGGAUGCCGGAUGCCAAACAAAUGCCAGUUGGUCAGUCAUCAAAAGAUUCUGCGAAUAUCAAUGUUUCUGCCUCACCUCUUAUACCUCACCUUCAAAACCUUUUUCAUCAGACAUCUAUUCAACAGGAUCUCAUAAUGAAUCUUUUGAAUAGCUUGCAACCUGCCGAGGCAGUUGAUGCUUCUCAGAAUGGAAAGUUGCCACCAUUACCUCGCACUCCAGAGAACAAUGGGAAUAUCGAAACAACAGCCUCGGAGAGGGAGCAACUGCUACUGCUAAAAGUUUCAGAACUUCAAGCACGGAUGAUGAAUUUGACCGAUGAAUUGAAUUCUGAAAGGUUAAAAUACCAGCAGUUGCAACAACAGUUAAAUGCUCUUUACAGUCAAGAACAAAAUGGAAAAAGAGGAGUUGCAUGAAAGCAGAGAGAUAAGUUAUGAUUUAUCUUUAUAGUGAGGUUUUGUGGCAUUCCAAGGCUCGGCAAGCGCAAAAAUAUGCCGAAAUGAUAUUCUGCCAAAGGUUAAAUCUCAUUAUUAUUUGUUCAUUGAAAAUUCUGUGAUGUAAAUGAGCUGCUGCUUCGUCUUCAUCUGUUGUAUCAUAUUUGCUAAGUGCUAUGAACUGUGACAAUUAGUGAGAGCAAGGUUAUGGGGACACAACCCCUGGAGGAGUAUGUGACCAUUCCCUCCUACAUAUUGGACCUGUUAUUAUUACUAUAUUGUUGCAUAUUAGCUUUGUAUAGUUUUGUUAUUGUAUUUUGCUAACUGAAUAAUAAUGAGUUGAUACUAAAUCAGUCUCAACUUAGUGAAAUAUAUAUUUUCCAGCUGCUAAAUAUUCAAGUUUGUUUUGGCAUUGAA